UAAAAAAGUACUACCAGUAACCUGCCAACAAAAGGCUUUGCAAUCAGCGAUGAUUCUUCUUAAAACAAAUUUCAAAAAUUGAGCCGGUGAUACCCACUCAAUCAUAUCAUCCGAAACCAUGUCGAAUUUCAAAAUCCAGCUGCUAAUUUUGAUUGCUGUAUUUAUUGUACCAAUCCUAGCUGUAUCAGCAAAAGCAGAAGCAGUUGCGGCGUUGCUCCGCCGUCUGGACUCCAAACGGUCGUCGGCUUCGGUUCAAGAAGCUGCAGCUAAAGCUGUUCUCGAAAGAUUGCUUCCAACCCAUGUUCACAGUUUCGAUUUCAAGAUUGUCUCCCAAGAUGCUUGUGGUGGACACAGUUGCUUUAUGCUAAACAAUUACAACCUGUCAAGCCGACAUGGUCCUGAGAUACAGGUUAAAGGCACCACAGCAGUGGAAAUUGCAUCUGGCCUCCACUGGUAUUUGAAGUACUGGUGUGGGGCUCAUGUUUCCUGGGACAAGACUGGUGGUGCUCAGCUAGCUUCCAUCCCAAGUCCAGGAUCACUGCCUCGUGUAAGAGAUGAAGGGUUAAGGAUACAACGACCAGUCCCGUGGAACUAUUAUCAAAAUGUUGUUACAUCCAGCUAUUCAUUUGUUUGGUGGGAUUGGGAGAGAUGGCAGAAAGAAAUAGACUGGAUGGCUCUUCAGGGGAUUAACCUGCCUUUAGCAUUCACAGGGCAAGAAUCAAUUUGGCAGAAAGUCUUCAUGGAUUUCAAUAUUAGUAAGGAAGAUUUGAAUGAUUUCUUUGGUGGACCUGCCUUCCUUGCAUGGGCUCGCAUGGGAAACUUACAUGCGUGGGGUGGGCCUUUAUCACAGAAUUGGUUAGACCAGCAGUUGGUUUUGCAGAAACAGAUAUUAUCUAGGAUGUUAGAGCUAGGCAUGACUCCAGUGCUGCCAUCAUUUUCUGGAAAUGUUCCAGCGACUUUGAAGAAGGUAUAUCCUUCAGCAAAUAUAACCAGACUUGGAGAGUGGAACACUGUUGAUGGUGAUACUCGUUGGUGCUGUACAUAUCUUCUUGAUCCUUCUGAUCCUUUAUUUGUUGAAAUUGGGACGGCUUUUGUUAGGCGACAAGUUGAAGAAUAUGGGGAUGUGACUGACAUCUAUAACUGUGAUACCUUCAAUGAAAAUACUCCACCAACAAAUGAUACAGCAUAUAUCUCAUCACUUGGAGCUGCUGUGUAUAAAGCAAUGUCUAAAGGUGAUAAGGAUGCUGUGUGGUUAAUGCAAGGUUGGCUCUUCUACUCAGACUCUGCUUUUUGGAAACCACCUCAAAUGAAAGCUCUUCUACAUUCUGUUCCGUUUGGAAAAAUGAUAGUUCUUGAUCUAUUUGCGGAUGUCAAACCAAUAUGGAAAACAUCAUCUCAAUUUUAUGGCACUCCUUAUAUUUGGUGUCUCUUGCACAAUUUUGGUGGAAACAUUGAAAUGUAUGGUAUAUUGGAUGCAAUUUCUUCAGGUCCAGUUGACGCCCGAACUAGUGAAAAUUCUACUAUGGUUGGAGUUGGCAUGUGCAUGGAAGGUAUUGAGCACAAUCCAGUUGUUUAUGAAUUGACGUCUGAAAUGGCAUUUCGCAGUGAAAAGGUUCAAGUUCAGGAUUGGCUAAAGAUCUAUUCCCAGAGACGCUAUGGUAAUGCAGUUCCUCAAGUUGAGGCAGCUUGGGACAUCCUUCACCAGACAAUUUACAACUGUACAGAUGGGAUUGCUGACCAUAACACAGAUUUCAUAGUCAAACUCCCUGACUGGGAUCCAUCACCAAAUCACAUAUCAAACAUUUCAAAACAAAACCAGAUGCAAUCAUUCAUCCUGCUCGAUAAAAAGAGAAGAGUUUUGCUCCAAAAAACCAGCUCUAAUUUGCCUCAGGCACAUUUGUGGUAUUCUACUCAAGAGGUGGUCAAUGCUUUACGACUAUUCCUUGACACUGGAAAUGAAUUCUCUGGAAGCCUGACAUAUAGAUAUGACUUGGUUGAUUUGACACGGCAAGUACUUUCAAAGCUAGCGAAUCAAGUAUAUCUGGAUGCAGUGACAGCUUAUCGGAGGAGGGAUGUAAAAGCUUAUAGUCACCAUAGUCAAAAGUUUGUUCAACUCAUAAUGGAUAUUGAUGAACUGCUCGCUUCUGAUGAUAAUUUUUUACUUGGAACCUGGCUUGAAAGUGCAAAAAAUCUGGCAGCUAAUCCUACGGAAAUGCAGCAGUACGAGUGGAAUGCAAGGACGCAGGUGACAAUGUGGUUUGAUAACACAAAAACCAACCAGAGCAGGCUUCAUGAUUAUGCAAAUAAGUUCUGGAGUGGGCUAUUGAAAAGCUACUAUCUACCUCGCGCUUCAACCUACUUUGGUCUUUUGUCGAAAAGCUUGAGAGACAAUGAGGACUUCAAGUUGGAGGAAUGGAGAAGAGAAUGGAUAGCGUUUUCAAACAAUUGGCAAGCAGGUACCGAACUUUACCGGGUGAAGGCAAAAGGAGAUGCUCUUGCUAUUUCUAAAGCAUUGUAUGAAAAAUAUUUCGUUCGAGCAAAAUAGGUUCUUAUUGUUAGAAAAGAGAGAAGCGAUUGUGUUGUAAAGUAGCAAAACAUGUGCUAGGUCUAUUCCUUACUCAUAAGAGCCCUUUGCAUGUUGCAUGACAAUAACUUAGGGUCAUUGUUGUAUGUCGAGCAAUGAUGUAACAUAAGUAGGGGUGCAACUUGGAUAAAAUUAAUCGAUUUGGACUGGUUUCGAGCCAAAAUAUUCUAAAAUA